AGAUCGGGAAAUCUGCCUAUGUUUGGUGACAGUCCCAUUAUCUAAGUGAUUUUUUGCAACCCUUGGAGACGAUCUAAGUGAUCUCAGAUGGGAAAGAAACGUGGCUCGUCUGCGGAGGACAUGAAUGGGAAUCACAAGAAGACCAAAGGCGGUACAGCAGCUACCAAUGAUCCACAGAGUAAUGAUGCCUACAUGGAGGUGAAAGACAGGCGCAUUGCAGCAGAGGUGUCUAGUGUGGCGCCAUGCAGCGGAAGGGAGGUCUUGCAACAUAUCUUGGGCCCAUGCAAGGCGUCCCUCUUCUUCAAGCGUGUCUGGGAGCAGCGUGUUCUUCUCGUCAGGCGGCCGGAGUGCCCCACUUUCUUCGAGAGCUGGUUCAGCAAAGGCGCAAUGGAAGCCCUGCUCCGCAAGGAGACCAUCUCAUACGCCUACAACAUCGACGUCACCAAAUAUGACGGCCAGGAACGAACAAACUACAAUUAUAAUGUAGAGAGCAGUGCGGUGGAGGAAGCUGUAGAUGCAGACGUGCUGUGGGCUCGGUACAAUCAGGAGGGCUGUUCUGUGCGGCUCCUGCAUCCUCAGAGAUGGUUUGACCAUCUGGCAGCUACCCUGGCCAAGCUGGAGGAGGUCUUCUCUUCGUGUGUUGGCUGCAAUGUUUAUUUGACUCCUGGAGACUCGAAGGGGUUUGCUCCUCACUUCGAUGACAUUGAUGCAUUCGUGCUGCAAGUGGAGGGCGCCAAGAGGUGGCGCUUGCACCAGCCCAUCACAGAGGACCACGUUCUGCCGCGUUUCUCCAGCCCUGAUUUUGCUCAAGAAGACCUGGACGACCCCUUUCUCGAUGUCGUCCUGCAGCCUGGAGAUGUCCUUUACAUGCCACGUGGCACCAUACAUCAGGCGCAGGCACUGCCAGGGACGCACUCGCUGCACCUGACGGUGUCGGCCAACCAGCGCAACAGCUGGGCAGACUUCCUGGAGGUGGCCCUGCCCAGAGCGCUGCAGCUGGCCGCAGAGGAGUGCGUGGACCUGCGCAGGGGAAUGCCCCUGGGCUACAUGCAGUACAUGGGCGUCCCAUUCUCAGAUGACAGCAGUCUUGAGGCGAAGCGGGCAGCAUUUGAGGCAACAGCUCAAUCGAUGGUGCAACGUGUCCUUCAAUUCUUGCCUCUGGACGGCGCAGCGGAUCAGCUGGCAGCCCAAUUCAUGCAGCAGCGCCUUCCUCCCAGCAGGGACAUGGCAGGAGCAGCAGAAGCACCUCUUGCCUGGGGCAGCAGGGGCUCCAGCGUUGGAAGCCUUGCUGCUGAGGUUGCCUUCCUCUGGCAGAGGGCUGCCCCUGCGUAA